CCCUUCACCCAAAACUGCUUUCCUAUGGUCUGGUCCUAGUGAGAGAGACGCUGUGUGUGUGUGACCACAGAGGGCUGCGUCUGCUGAUGUCAGGCACUGUGUGUGAAGACGGGAACUCAAGCACCUCUCAGUGUUUCGUGUUCCUGCUUUAUCUUCCAGUGUGCUGAGGUCACACCGCCUCUGGAUACGGGACUCAGCUUUCCUCCGCCGGGACAUUCUUGAAAUGAUGGUUCCUUAGAAAAGUGGCUGAAGUAGAGAAGAAAGCAAAAAAGAAGCCAUCAUGAACCCCAUUAGGAAAGACAUGGAGCUGCUGAGUAACAGCAUGGCCACUUACGCACAUAUAAAAGUGAACAUGGAGAGCUUCGCGCUGUACUUCAUGUUGGGUGUGUGUUCAGGUCUUCUGCUGGCUCUGGUCCUCCUCAUGCUGGGCAUCACCUGCCGAUCGCACUCGAAGACAAAGACGCCCUCCACACCGGACAAGAGACGGCUAAAAGAGUCCAGCGAGGAUGAGGGAGACAAGGAAGAGGAGGACAGUGAGGCAGGAGACGACGAGGACCUAGAAGUCCCAGUGCUCACCGUCAGUCCCUUGAGCGAUCAGACCCAGCUGAACAGCAUGAAUGUGUUCGCUUCAGCAGAAGAGCUGGAGAGAGCCAGACGACUGGAGGAGAGAGAACGAAUCGUCAGGGAGAUCUGGAGGAACGGACAGCCGGAUAUACUCGUCACCGGAACAGGCACACUGGGUCGAGUACACUAUCACUAGUAGUGUGUUUUACCUUCAGGAUGGUUGUUUCGUGCAUACAGAGAACCCUACAUGAUGUUACAAAACAACUAGAUUACAUUUCAAUGCUUUUUCUCUGGUAAAACGUUUAUAUUCUCUUGAGAAACUUUGAAAUAUUAAAAAAUGAUUGAAAUAUGAGGUAAGAAAAAAAAAAUUCAAUGGUUUUGUAAGCAAACUCAAAGUUUCUCAGGGGAAGACCAUACUUUUGCUAUAGAGAACUUUUUUUUUUCCAUCACCACAUGCAAAUACGCCACAGGACAUUUAUCUGUCCAACGGAUUUACCUUUAAGAAGAGAAGGAUUGAGUGUUUGAUUUGCAUACGUCUGUUUUGAGGUUGGUUUCACAAGCCUGCAUGUCUUCUGAAGGAUGAUUUGUAUGUUUUGAUGGAUCAAUUUUCAUUUUUUUAUAUCUAUAAAUACAUUUUUAUAUAUAAAUAGAUAUUAAAACUUAAAUGUUUGUGUA